AUGAGUACUCACAUUGACGUUUGUGCACCACAAACCAAAUUUAAAAGUAUACCAACAACAGUGAAAACUCGUGAAAAUGAUACGGUUUUAUUACCAUGCUAUGUCGAUCAAAGAGAAACAAUACGAUCCAUUGAUUGGUAUAAGGAUGACAUAUUAAUUGCAUCGUCCUCAUUAAUUGGAUUAACAUCUCCAGAGCGUUUUCGUAUGUGGCAAAAUGGUAGUUUAGAGGUCAGUGAUUUACGUAAUUCGGAUACAGGUGAAUAUGAAUGCCGUGUCACACGUAAUGAUCCUGCAACUAGUAUGGCACAAUUACAUGCAAUUGAAGUUAUGUAUCCACCAAGUGUAACUUCGCAACCUGAAUCAGGUGAAUUAACUGUAAAUUUGGGUGAUGAAGUGGAUAUUGUAUGUAAAGGUGAUGGCGUACCAUAUCCUGUAAUUAAAUGGUAUUCAAAUGAAACAGAAAUACGUUUAUUAGAUAAUCGUCCACGAUUACGUUUUAAUGUGACUACCAAAAAUUUAGCUGGAUUAUACGAGUGUCAUGCUGUUAAUGGUGUGGGUGAACCAGCUGUAGCACAAUUUCAUUUAACUGUAACAUAUCCUCCAGAAUUAUAUACACCCAAAUCCUGGUUACAUACAUCAGUUGGAUUACGUGCCGAACUAGAAUGUUAUGUUGAUGCAAAUCCACCAGCUAAAGUUUCUUGGUUUAAAAAUGAUUUACCAGUACGAUCCGAUAGUAGAAUUGUACCAUUAGUGAAUCGGGAUAAAUAUUCGUUAGUGAUACGUCAAAUGCAUUCAAAUGAUUUUGGAAACUAUACAUGCCGAGCAACGAAUGAUUUUGGUGAAGUUGAAUUACCCAUUCAAUUGUCUGGUACACCAAAUCCAGCUGUCUUCAAAGAAAUAGAAUUAUUUUACGAUGAUGAUACGGCAAAUGAGACCAGAAAUACUAACGAAUAUACAAUUAUUUGGGAAGUUGAUAGUUACAGUCCUGUUUUCGAGUAUAAAUUAUGGUUUCGACCAUAUCAAAAACAUAAUACGGCUACAACACCAGAAUGGAAAACAAUUGUUAUACCAGCUGAGCGAAGUACUGGUCCAUUACAUUCUAAAUCAUUUACAAUCACUGGGUUAAAUGAAAAAACAAUUUAUGAAGCAGUUUUGAGUUCCAGAAAUCGUUAUGGGUGGUCAAAAGCAUCACCUAUAUUUAUUUUUGCCACUGAAGGAGCUGAUAUGAAUAAUGAUGUAAAAAUUGAAUUAGAAACAAGAAUUGAACAUAAUAUUAUUCCAGAAGAAGCUGCAACUAUUUCAGUAAAUCUGAUAAAUAGCGGUUUACGAAACAAUUUACGGAAAAAAGACAAGUAUUGGUCGUAG